AAUUCUGCGUCUGUUCUUCCAAAAUGAUUUGGCUCGCGACUUUCCUCUGCUGUGUCGGGCUGAUUGGCGCCCAGGUACCGCAUAACCACUACGUGAACAACCAGAGAGUCAUAGGAGGCAGCGAUGCGAAACCCAACACCUGGAAAUGGCAGGCUUCCCUGCAGCUGGAUUCGUACAAUGAAGGUUCUUUUAGUCACAUAUGUGGCGGCUCCAUCGUUGAUGCCUUUUACAUCCUGACAGCGGCUCAUUGUAUCCUCAGUCCGGAUCCCAGCCAGUACCGCGUGGCGGUGGGGGAGUACAACCUGUUCGAGUACGACGGCAGCGAGCAGUUCAUCCCGGUCGAGAGGAUUUACGUGCACCCCGAGUGGACGGGCAACCUCGGCAUCGGAAACGACAUCGCUCUCCUGAGGCUGGCUCAGCCCGUUUACGACAACGGCUUCGUCGCCAUCGGCAACCUGCCCAGGCCGGAUGAAACGCUGCCUCACGACUUCACCUGUUUCAUCACCGGCUGGGGGAUCAUGGAUUAUGAAGCGUCCAGCAUCACCCCCGACAUCCUGCAGGUGUCCCCCAUCAAAGUGGUGGAGCACUCGGUCUGCUCCCAGCCGGAGUGGUGGGGGGGCAUCGCCCUGAAGAGCAUGGUGUGCGCCGGAGGGGACGGAGUGGUCUCGGGCUGUCAGGGCGACUCUGGGGGACCCCUCAACUGCUUCACCGAUGAGGAGUGGAGGAUCCACGGGGUGGUCAGUUACGGACCAUCCGGCAGGUGCAACCAGGUUUCCAAACCCACCGUCUUCACCCGGGUCUCCUCCUUCCAGGACUGGAUUUAUUCUGUUAUCAUGGGUGCAUAGGCGCCACAACCGGGGGACUUCAUAUUGCGUAUCAAAUAAAAUCUACAUUAAAAAAAAAAUACUGUGUCAAAAGAAAUAUACGCCUUUUCACAAUUUAUUUCUCCACUUAACUGACAAAAAUAGGUUGAGUCCACUCUAGUUCUCAGACUCAAAUAUACAACUGAAAAAAAAAAAAAACUUUGGUUUCUCAAAAGGAACAUGUGAAAUCAUACAUUAGAAUAUAUACAAAGCCUGAAAACACACAUGGCAACCCACCGAGAAGAGAAAAAAAGAAACCUUUUGGUUGCUCAAUGUGUACUAAAACAUUGCCAAAGUUCACAUCUGGAAUAACACGUGAGAACACACACAAGAGAAACCUUUCAAGUGUUCAGUUUGCAGCAGAAGGAGUUUAACUGCACACAUGAGGACACGCAAAUGGGAAAAUAAAUGUUUUGAAGUAUUCCCCUUUAUGAUGCUAUCAGAAGAAGCAGACAACGUAGUGUUUUUGUUGAAUAUUUAUUCCUCUAAAGACCGGUAAUUGCACUAAUAAUCAUUCAGCUUCCACUAUAUAAUGUGGACUUAAUUAUUAAUUAAUUAUUUUUAAACUGUAUUUCCCUUUUUUUAAUGAACGCAUUCCCUUUAUCUAAUGAACGCAAAAGACCACAUCUAAUUGGAAACUAAAGCAGUACGCAUUUUCUAUCCAUAGAUGGCGGUAAUGUACAUACAAUUUGCAAACCGCCGUUAAACGCGAGGAAGAAGAAAACAAAAUACGGAAGUUAGCAUAGCAACAAUGCGGGCAGCGUUUCAAGUGACUCAUAAAACGCCAAACAAGCGUGUUGUUGUCGUCAUUAAACCAUCUCCAACAUUUUUUUUUUUCAUUUUGGAAGAGUUGGUAAAGAAGUGGUCGUUAGAGGGAUGUACGUGCUGUUUUGAAGGAUUACAGCUUCAAACGAGACGCAACUUUGUCGCGAGUGAGCGUGAGGAGCCCAAGCUACGACAUUUGGCAGCUGUUCGCAACAGACUCGUGUUGUAAAGGUCUAUUCUCUGAACUUCGACUUUGAAUUAUAGAUGACAUAUUUAUCUAAAAAUGGCGUGCAAUACUUUAAGCUAGCUCACUGUUAAAACACAAGUAAAAAAAAACAACAACAAAUUAUGUAGACAGUGUUAGGAGUCAGAUGUCCAAGAAAUGUAAUUAAAAACAACGACGUGGUGCUUGUAUCAUGUCUAUAACCAAAUUAAUACAACCCCCCACAA